UUAAAGCUUUAUGAAAUUAUGAAGGAUCUUACCCCAAAAACCCGUGGUGCUAUUAUUUAUGGUAAAAAAUGUAGACAAUCAGGUCACACUAUUGCUAAAAAUUUGGGGUGUAGUAAAACAGCUGUUUAUAAUACACUUAAACGCCUUC